AUGACGGCACACGGCCAUUUCCAUUGGAACGAACUGAUGAGUCGCGAUGUCGAGAAGGCCAAGGCGUUCUAUGCGGACGUGCUCGGCUGGUCCUUCGAAUCGAUGACGAUGGGACCGACGGGUACCUACUGGAUCGCCAUCCAGGACGGUGAGCGCGUCGGUGGCAUGUACGAAAUGGCAGGUGACAGCUUUGAUGGCAUGCCGGAAGCCUGGUACCCCUACAUCGCGGUCGAUGACGUGGACGAGCGCGUUGAAAGAGCGAAAGCUGCCGGCGCAACCGUAUUGGGCGAACCGUUCGACGUACCGCAGUUGGGACGCAUUGCAAUGGUCCGCCAGCCGGGAGGCGCGCUGAUGGGCUGGAUCGCGCCAGCGGAUGACCCGCCCGCCUGA